AUGAAGUCUCUCCGGACCAGCAGACAGAAUUAAGGCUGCCAGUCUCUUCGGCAUCUCGCCUCCAUCACUUCACAAGUCUACAGCAUUAUAAGUAUCAUUUUGUUCUAUGCACUUGCGGCGCCUGGGCAUUAAUUUAUUCUCUGCAAGGAUUUAUACUUACACGUUCAAAUAAAGCACUGGGCGUUUCGUGCUUGUUUAUUGACUUGCACAGCAUAAUUAAGAUGUUGAUCAUAGUGCAUGCAAUUUUCUGAAUAAUUUCUUCGUAAUGAGGCACUUUAAGGCUCAUCAUAAACGCUACAAUCUUUAUACUGAUAAAGAUUUUUCGCAUUUCUUAAAAAAAAAAAAAAAGCUCUGUCUAGCACACUUGAGAUUCGCUGUUUUAAUCCUAUGCUUUAAUAUUUGUUUAUUCAGUCUUUCAUUUGCGUUAUUCCUGAAAGUUCAUACUCUAAUGGUAUUCUAUGGUUGCAGAUGCAGGGAACCGCUGCUCUCACCUCAUCUUUACAUGGCUUACUCUUGGGCUAGCGAAUUAUGAACACUGGAUCUACCAAGCUGAUGCGUAUAUGGACCCUUCUUUUGAGUCGUAGGUUAUGCUUCCAGGGGAAUUCACUUCAAACCAAUCAAUUUGAUCCUGCUCGCGGCAUUUCCUUCAGAUCUAUGAUUCGGACCAAAAAUUCUUCACACUCUCCUCAAGCACUCAAAAACCGAUGUGCAAGGUUCUGGUGUCACCUUAACAAUUCUAAAAUCAAUAAUCCUGUCCCUUCUCUGCAUGGUGAAAUUUCUUAAAAAUCCGACCUAGAAUUUCUAAAACGCACCAGCUCUAUUUUUCCUAACGGAGCCCCCUUUCCAAGGCUGUUUAGAACUCACUUAACCACUGUUCUCAAAGCUGCAGUCUAUCUACUGGCCAUUCAUUCAGAAUUGGGGCAGCUACUUCAGCAGCUGAAUGAGGGAUCUCUACAUCAGCUGUUAAGAUCAUGGGCAGAUGGUCUUCCUAAGCAUUUGAAUCAUACAUCAGACCUGAUUCAAAACCAUUAUUGAAGCUCAGCAAGCUCUCCUGUAACUAAUCAGGUAAAUUCAUGCAAUUACUGGUGGUGGUGUUACUAUAUCUGUAUGGUCUAUCAAGGCCUGUACAUGUCUGGCCUUUGUGGCUAUUUCUGUACGGUCUAUCGAGACCUGUCCAUGUCCGGCUAUCAUGGCUAUUUUUCUGUAUGGUCUAUCAAGGCCUGUCCCAUGUCUGCCUAUUGUGGCUAUCUGUGUCUGGCCUAUCGUGGCUAUUUCUGUACGGUCUAUCGAGGCCUAUCUGUGUCUGGCUAUAAUGGCUAUUUCUGUACGGCCUAUCGAGGCCUGUCCGUGUCUGCCUAUCGUGGCUGUCUGUGUCUGGCCUAUCGUGGCUAUUUCUGUACGGCCUAUCAAGGCCUGUCCGUGUCCGGCCAUCAUGGCUAUUUUUCUGUACGGUCUAUCGAGGCCUAUCUGUGUCUGGCUAUAAUGGCUAUUUCUGUACGGCCUAUUGAGGCCUGUCUGCGUCUGCCAUUGUGGCUGUCUGCGUCUGGCCUAUCGUGGCUAUUUAUGUACGGUCUAUCGAGGCCUGUCUGCGUCUGCCUAUCGUGGCUAAUCAUGGUCUAUCGAGGCCUGUCUUGCGUCUGCCUAUCGUGGCUGUCUGCGUCUGGCCUAUUGUGGCUAUUUAUGUACGGUCUAUCGAGGCCUGUCUGUGUUGGCUAUCAUGGCUAUUUCUGCACGGUCUAUCGAAGCCUGUCCGUGUCUGCCUAUCGUGGCUGUCUGCGUCUGGCCUAUUGUGGCUAUUUCCGUUGGUCUAUCGAGGCCUGUCCGUGUCUGGCUAUCAUGGCUAUUUUUCUGUAUGGUCUAUCAAGGCCUAUCUGUGUCUGGCCAUCAUGGCUAUUUCUGUACGGUCUAUCGAGGCCUGUCUGCGUCUGCCUAUUGUGGCUGUCUGCGUCUGGCCUAUCGUGGCUAUUUAUGUAUGGUCUAUCGAGGCCUGUCUGUGUCUGGCUAUCAUGGCUAUUUUUCUGUACGGUCUAUCGAGGCUGUCUGUGUUCUGCCUAUCAUGGCUAUUUCUGUAUGGUCUAUCGAGGCCUGUCUGCAUCUGCCUAUCGUGGCUGUCUGCGUCUGGCCUAUCGUGGCUAUUUCUGUUGGUCUAUUGAGGCCUGUCUGUGUCUGCCUACCGUGGCUGUCUGCGUGAGGCCUAUCGUGGCUAUUUAUGUUGGUCUAUCGGGGCCUGUCUGUGUCUGCCUAUCGUGGCUGUCUGCGUCUGGCCUAUCGGGCUAUUUAUGUUCGGCCAAUUGGGGCCUGUCCGCGUUUGCCUAUCGUGGCUGUCUGCGUCUGGCCUAUCGUGGCUAUUUAUGUUCGGCCUAUCGGGGCCUGUCCGUGUCUGCCUAUCAUGGCUAUUUCUGUUGGUCUAUCGAGGCCUGUCUGUGUCUGCCUAUCGUGGCUAUUUCUGUUGGUCUAUCGAGGCCUGUCCGUGCCUGCCUAUCGUGGCUGUCUGUGUCUGGCCUAUUGCGGCUAUUUCUGUAAAAAACUUAAGAAGUUUAAUCUAACGUCAUUAUACUGGUCAUGCUAACUCUCU